CACUUCUCGUCAUAUCACCGUUUGCCAACAUCAGAACCAUCUAGCAUCAUGACUGGAAGAUUGACACUUAAAUGCGAACGAUACUCUAUGCUGGAUCUCGGUAGCUACCGUUUACUCAUGCAGAUGAAGGAUGUUACCACUCUUGCAUGACAUCUUACACGGAGGAAUCUCUGUCGUUGUAAGACAAAUACAACAACGGAUAGGUUUGCAUCUAUUCAAUAUUAGAUCUCAUGAUACUUACGCGGCUAGAAUGACAAAACCUUGUCCCGAUCACGCCACAUGCAGGUCCAUCCACUUCGAAUUACCAGGUCGGCCUCUCACCCAUGGCGACCUAAGUUCCCAGGAAACACUAGAGCCCAUCGUAUGAGAGACAUUCGAAAGAUCCUCUGUCAAGUUCUAUCUACCCAAUUGUACACGGAAUGUUACCCUGAGAGGGCACGGACAGCCGCCAUCGCUACCAGCCCCGCCCCACGCCAGUGUCUCCAUUCGAGUCGACAUCAGAUGAAAUUUCGCAAAGUUGCUCAAAGCUCGAUUCUCAAUAACGUUAUUGACAAACACGUCGCUUCUCGUCAACAGCAACGCGCCUACGUGUCUGCCUGGCCCCAGCGCCACUAA